AUGCCGGACUCUUCUUCGGACUCGUCGCAACAGAACAACGGCCAGCAGCAGCAGUCACAGCAGCGCCAGCGCCAGCGCCAGCAUCAGGAACGGACCGUGAAACCCAAUAUCGAGGAGGAGGACAUCUGCCCGGACCCACGCCUCGCCACGGCGGCGGCGGCGGCGGCAGCCUUGAACCGCAGUUCCUCGGCCGUAGCCAGCCGCACCAGCGACAAUGCUGUCGCGAGCUACCAGCGGCUCAUUAAGCACUACCGCGUCGAGGUGGCCGCCUCGGCGUCGAGCGUGCUGUCCACCCUCACCACGUUCCCGCUUGAUAGCGUCAAGACAAGGAUGCAGACCUACCGCUAUGCUGGAUUCCUGGACUGUGUGAAGCGCACGUACCAGACGGAGCAUUUCCGGGGUUUCUUUCGAGGUGUAACGGCUCCUAUGGCGAGCAUUACUCUCGUGCGCACCGUCUCUUUCUCCAUCUACCAGCGAUCCAAGUACGUGUACUGCGACUGGGUCAAGCGCAAUUUUGGCUACGACGUCAUGGCCCAUGUCACCCGGAGCGGGUCGUACCCAAAUCUCUGGUCGGUCGCGACGUUUGGGGCUGCGGGGGCAACCGCCGGGUGCUGUAUCACGGCCAUCGCGUGUCCCUUCGAGUUGACCAAACUCAGCGCCCAAGUGUCUGUGUUGCUGGCCGACAAGAAGAACUGUCCGAAGCCCGAGAGCCAUGCGAUUGCCGCGAGUUAUCAAAAUAAGGGCACGUUCAAGACGCUUCGCAACAUUGUCAAGCACAGGGGCUUGGGGGGCUUGUACACCGGGUUCAGGUUACAUCUGAUGCGCGACACGCUCGGCACAGCAACCUACUUCAUGACGUACGAAAGCAGCAAGCAGCUGCUGACCACCUUCGGCGGCCACGGCACCCACUCCAAUCCGCUCGCGGUGCUGGUGGCAGGCGGCCUGUGCGGCAUCGUCUCGUGGGCCCUGAUCUACCCGGUCGACUCGGCCAAGUCGAUCUACCAGCGCAACUCGCUCAUGUACUCCAAGGGCCAGAAGGUCGAGCCCGUCAAGAUCCACUUCUUCUCGCGCAACAUGUACCGCGGCCUCGGCGUGUCCAUGGGCCGCUCGUGCGCCGUCAACGCCGUCUUCUUCUCGUCGUUUGAGUUCCUCAAGAAGCGCAUCAAGUCGUGGGAUGACAAGUAGCCUUCGGCCUGUUCUUUUCUUCUUCUCUAGUUCUUCGGUGCCAUAUUUUCUUCUUCUUCUCUGUUGUUUCUUUCUCCUC